AUGGAAAUCAAUCCAACCGUGUGCUUCGAGUUGAGUAUCUUCAUGGAAAUCCUCAGCAAAAGUGUCUUGUUUCCACUAACAGCGUAUAUCAAAGGCGGCUGGAUUCUACGCAAGGCGUGGAAAAUGUACAACAAGUGCCACAGUGACAUCAGCCAGCUGCAGGAGGCCUGUCAGCGGAGGUCCUCUGUCCACCAGGAGUCCCUCUCGACGGACAACGCCAACCACAAUGCUCCGGUGGAGAACUGCGUGACGGCUGAGGCCCUGGACCGCCUCAAGGGCUCCGUCAGCUUCGGCUACGGCCUCUUUCACCUGUGCAUCUCCAUGGUCCCCCCGCACCUGCUCAAGAUCAUCAACCUGCUGGGUUUUCCCGGUGACCGUCUCCAGGGCCUGUCCUCCCUCAUGUAUGCGAGUGAGAGCAAGGACAUGAAGGCACCACUAGCUACGUUGGCCCUCCUGUGGUACCACACGGUGGUGCUGCCUUUCUUUGCUCUGGAUGGCUCUGAUACGCAUGAGGGGCUGCUGGAAGCCAAAGCUAUUCUGCAGAGGAAGUCCGUGGUUUACCCCAACUCCUCGCUCUUCAUGUUCUUUAAAGGACGAGUUCACAGGUUAGAGUGCCAUAUCAACAGUGCUUUGGCCUGUUUCCAUGAUGCAUUAGAGCUUGCAUCAGACCAAAGAGAGAUCCAGCAUGUGUGUCUCUAUGAGAUCGGUUGGUGUAGCAUGAUAGAGAUGAAUUUUGAAGAUGCAUACAGGUCGUUUGUCUUUCCUCAGUGGGUGAUGGGUUUGCUGUUCUUCCUGUUUCCUGUUGCGUCGUCAUGGUUACGAGCCUCGUACCUGCCCGUUCACGUGUUCUGUGGUUUGGUUCUGCUGGUUAUGGCCAUCGGGAGCAGCCUGCUCGGCAUCACGGAGAAACUCCUCUUCAGCAUCAUGCCAACCUACUCUCAGUUGGUCCCAGAGGGGGUGCUGGCCAACAUUUUGGGGAUCCUGCUGAUUUGUUUUGGGGUGCUGCUGGGCUUUCUGAUCACCAGAGACGAGUACAGACGUCCGCCAAACCCAGAAGAAGAGUCUCUGUCUGUCCAUUUCAAGACCCUGACUGAGGGGGGGUCUCCCACCAUGCCCUGAGCUCCGUGUUAUGUCUGACACCUCCCCCUCACCUGGACACAAUCUGUCAGUACGUUUACAUGCACAGUUUACAUGCGCUGUUAAAGCUGGAUUAGAUCAUUUAAUGUGACUCCUGUCCUUUUCAGAGUAUACAACAGCGAGGGAGAAUCCAUUUUUUGAUAUAAUUAUGUCCGACUUCUGUGGCCGGUGAAGAUACGCCCCCUUUCAGCUAGUUGCUAUUGGACCUUUUUCCGUUUGACCUCUUACGUCUCAAACCAAACAAGCUAGCAAACGGCAAAUGGUUGCAUAUCAGCGCUGUAUAUUUCAUACACACUCUAAGCAUUACUUGGUACCGUCGUCUUGUUUUGUUUUCUUCUCCUCUUCCUCUUCUUCUUUUGUUUGUCCCAGCUCUCUUCUACAAAUUUAUGCUUUUCAGCAUCUGGGUCAAAGCCUGGCGUAGCAACUAUGGUGCAUGUACAGGAGAGGUAUACAUGGAAGACUAAAUCGACCCCCAAUCUCAUUAUCUGGGUGUGUUAGUCUGACUUUGAGAAUUUUGAUUUAGUCCAAAUUCAUUCACACCAACAUGUUAACAUGUAUUUGAAAAGUCCCGUUUUAAUCGGACUAUAAUUUGACUUUUUGUAACAUGUAAACGUACUGAGAGUCCUUAGCUCUACUACAGUUUCUGUUCAUACCUGAAGUCUAAACACACAUGGACAUAAACGUGGUCCGAAAAGACGGAUUUCAAAAUUUCACUGGCCACAUGAUGUCACUAGAAGUUGGUGUCUGGCACCAUCUUGGCAUAUUUUAAUAGAACUGUAUUAACAAAAAAAGAAAUAAUCAAAUUCCACUCCUUUCUUAUGACAAAGCAGCAUACUCUGGGACUAAAAAAUGAAGCAAACUCUGAAGUGCCAAAAACUGCAGUUCCCCUAAUGUCCACUAGAGGCUCGCUCCACGAGAGAGUCAAUCCCCCAUGUUAGCAUUACCAAAUACUCCGUGAUGAUGUUCGUAAAACAAGCUUUUGUGAAAGUUUUUUUCCAUCACCCAAUUUUUUAGGUGACAAUAGUAUUUAUUCCCUUUCCUUCUCAUUCUUCACUCCUCUCUUUGGAAUCUGAGCAAACUGGCUGGAUUUCUUUCAAAAACAUGGGCAGAAGGCAAUGAGUAAUAAAAAGAAAUGACCA